AUGCCGCCACGUAUGAGAGGAAGAGGAAGGGGACAAGGAGCAUAUGUAGCCCCAAACGACCAUGAAGCCGGACCUUCGCACAGGCGAACACCUUCAGGCUCCCAUAACACAGAUGCUCAAAAUCUGUGGAGGUCUUUUACUGAACCCGCAAGGCACUCAGUUUCACAGGGUACCUCACCUUCUAUCCCACACUCCUUUGGGCCUCAAUCAGAAAAUGAGCCCCACAACUCUCACCAGUCCUAUAUUCCUCUCCAAGGACACCAAUCACCCUUUGACCAACCAUCACCUGUUUUUCAAGGCCUGUUCAACCCUGCUGACUACCUUGAUGUGCCUAUGGGUUUUAACCCACUUGGACCAGAAGACCAUUUCCCUGGCGACAAUGCGAUGGAGGUCGAUGAAGAUACCGAUCCCUCAAUGCCACCAUCUGGAACUCCGAACCACCCUAUCGAGAUUUCUGAUGGGUCACCAUUUGUGGGAUCACCAUACAAUGGUCCCGACAGCUUUGAGGUGAGGUUCAGGCAGCAUGACUGGGUAUUUACCCCUAGUUACCAUAACUCUCCCCUGCACCAGCCACAACACAGCUUUCCCCUGCACCUCCCGCAGCUGCAACAGCAGCCACAGCAGCAGCAGAAUCCUUCUGAGGAUUCCCGACUUGUCGCGGUCACUCCACCGCCGCCACCACCUCCAGUUACUUUUCCCCCAGGUUAUAACUUUACAGAGGAUCCCUACUGGGUAGCUGCGAACUACAACUCUCUCAAUCCGGAAAGUACUUUUGGAGGUCCCUGGACUACGGGACAACCGACCUAUGGAUACCCACCAUAUGGAUAUCAGCAGCCGCAGCCUCCUCAACCACCGCAUUAUCCACUACCACCGCCGGCACCGAUGAUGUCGCCGCCACAAGUUCAAGAAAUCCUUCAAGGGAUAAACGAUGUGCGACGUGAAAUGCGGCAUGAAUUGCGGGAAGAGCGUCGGCAUAAUCGUGGGAUGUUUAAGAAGAUGGUGGACUUAAUCAAGGGAAAAAGCAAGAAGGACUACUAA